AAAAGUAUCACAAUCGUGAGGGACUACAUUGCGUCAUGAUCAAAAUUUUCUUCAAGUAGCUUCUGGUUAAAAGUCUUGAUACACAUUUCAAUUCAAUUCAAAUCCAAAAAGAUAUAUAGAGUGGUUUAAUAAACAGAGAAUAAAGCAUUGUUGCUUGAAAUCGGUAGUGUUGCAAACUGAAUAAAUAAUAAAAUGAAAUAAAAUUUAAAAAAAAAGAUACAAUUUUAUAACAUCGCGAGUCACUCAAGUGAUCCUACACCAUUUCGAAUUCAAUUCAGAAUCAGAUAAAAAAUGUUUCUAGUUGUUUGUUACUAGUGAAAGAAAAAAGUUUGAUAAAUAUCAUAAAAAACGAAUGAAGUGUUAUUGACUGCAAGCAAAGUGAAUAAUCAAAUAAAAUAUUAACGCGCAAACGAAACUUUCUGGUAAUUUUUUUAACUCGACAUUUUGCACAAUUUUUAUUAAAGCAGCAUCGAAGCAGUAUUGUGUUUAUUUACUGCUCAUUUUUCAACUCUAAAACACCAACAAGGAAAAAAAAAUCCAAUAAACUCCACGACAUUUAAAAAAGGUUGGCUGAAGUGAAUGUGAAUGAACAAUUUAGCAGCUCUGGUUGCAGAACACUACUGUUGUUCCAUUUUGAGUACACAAUGAAUAAUAAUGUUGAUAACUUGAAACAUAUUAAGAUAACUAUCAGACAUGGGCACAUCAGUGAUCUGAAUUUAUAAAGCUUCAGCAACUUUUACGAGUCUCAACUUACCUCUAGUGUAUCAGUGUGUUCACAGUCUAUUAAGUGAGAGAAAAAAAAUUAUGAAAUCGCGCCUUAUAUCUAAUCAAGAGCCGAUUUUGGCGACAAAAUAGUAAAAAAAAAGAUAAAGAAACUCAUAAUUGAUUUGAUUUUUUUCCGCGUAAAAGAAGAAUACUCAGCUUCAGAUAUUGAAAACUUGACACACGAAAAAGUGGUUUGUUCAUAUUAAAGACAUUAUAAAAAAAACUUGAGAUCAGCCUUUAAGGCAGGUCAUGUCAUUGGAGUAGUUUAUAUACCUAAAGACAUUUCGAUCAAAAAAAUAAAAUAUAAGAAAAGAUUUUUAUGUUGAAUUAAGACCAGCUAAAAAAACAGAGAUAAAAUGGUUAAGUUUAUUAAACGACUCGUGGUUCUUCUUGUGAUCAUCAUAUUCACUGGAUUAGUGAAAUGUUCUCGUCAAAAAUCACCUUUAAUUGUAGAAGACGAUGGAAGUCGGCGAAAUCGUCCAGCGGAAUGUCAUUUUGGAAAAGAGUUGAAGGAAUUAGGAUCAACAUGGUUUCCAGACUUAGGAGCACCGUUUGGAAAGAUGUAUUGUAUCAGAUGCGAAUGCGUUCCAGUUCAAAAGAAACGACGAAUUGUGGCAAGAGUUCAAUGUAGAAAUAUUAAAAAUGAAUGUGCCAAGCCUACGUGUGACGAGCCAAUUUUAUUACCGGGAAAGUGCUGCAAAACAUGUCCAGGAGACACUCAUAGUCCUGACACAGUGCAAGACACGCCCGUAACAAAUAUAACAGAGGUCGAAGAAGAACGUAACAUGAAAUACUUUGGUGCUCUUCUUACAGGGCGAACCUCUCUUAUGCUUAAACGUGAUGAAAUGCUCAACACAUAUUCAACAAAAAAUCCUCAAAAUUUUGCUGCUACCGGACGAUUUUCCUUUCAUAAGAAAAACUUGUAUUACUCAUUUUAUGUGUCCGAGAAAGCAUCAAGACCACGUGCCAUACAAUUCAUUGAUAACGUUGGAAAUAUUUUAGAAGAACAUAGUUUAGUUAUUAGAAAUAAUGAAGCUGACAGUUCUGUUGAUAUUUAUCAGAAUGCGACAGGGAAGAUUUGUGGUGUUUGGCGUCGUGUUCCAAGAGAUUAUCGUCGAUUAUUGCGUGAGAACAAAAUUAAUGCUGUUUUGAUUUGGGGUGGAAAAUAUCAAUCCGAACUUGCCCUUGCUGGUCCUAUAAGCAAAUAUCCCGCACUCUCAACUGAACUUUUCAGUUCACUUCUUGAACCAGCUCCAGGAACAAAUUCUGACAUCAUGGCAGGUUCCGGUGGUACAGCAAUUGUAUCGACAAGUAGUGGCGUGACGUCAUCCAUUCACCUCACACUUAUUCUCAACGGACUCUUUUCAAUGGAUGAAAUUGAAGAUGUGCCAUUAAAUAUUCGAUUAGAAAGUGUUGAAAAGAAACAAAUUAUCAUUGAAGACAUUCAACGUGUUAAGAAACCAAAUCAUGAUAUAAAUGUUAUUGAAGUGGUGUCGCCAGUGUCCAUUUACGAUUUGCGAAUGUUAACGAGAGGAAAGCUUCAAAUUACGGUUGAAUCGAGGAAACGUCCCGAUGCUUUAAGAAUUCAAGGAAAUGUAAUUUCUCGUGUAUCGUGUGAAUUAUUUCAAGCUCUCCUUUCAUCACACAAUCCGGAAUCAAAAACAAAAUCAAAUGGAAUGGCGUGGCUAUACAUGAACAAAGAUGGCUCACUUGUAUACAACAUACAAACGCAUAAUCUAAAUUUAGCCGAGAAUCCACUGAUCACAUUGACGAACGAUAAUGGCGGAAAGAAGAAUACAGAACUCGAAGAUUUGACAUCAUCAUUGCAAAUGGAUCGUGCGCACGGAAUUGUUGAACGUUUAGGUCCGCGAGUACUCGAGCCUUUAUAUAAUGGAGAUUUGGGAAUAAAUAUCGCAACGAAAACAGAAACAAGCUUGAUUCGUGGUAAGUUUACUGUUCGACCAGUAGCUGAUGCUCGUGACGCUCAAGAGCCGAUAUUAUUGAAUCGUGUUGGUGACUAUGCGCCAAUUCAUUCAGUCGGCAUGGCAUGGAUUGCUGUUGAUAAUGAAUGCAACCUUCAUUUUGACAUAAACGUGGCUGGAAUUACAAAUCAAUUUUAUCCACUACAAGCUUAUUUAGUGGAUAUGCCGAUGGAAGUUUAUGGUGCGCCAGUCAACCGUAGAUUACUGGAAGAAUUCAAUAAUAAUCAUUUGGAGGGAUUUGUUCUCUCAAUUUCAUCGAACGACUUGGCGAAAUUAGAAUCAAGUGUAAAUUAUUUGGAAAUUGCCUCGAAAGAUGACGACAGAAAGCUUUUGAAAUCGAAACUAAAGCCGAUCAAAAUACCGAACUCAUGUUAUCCAAUUUACACUGAUAACGAUGUUGGCGUUGCAACUGCUUCAGAUAAUGCACAUCAACAAUCGACCGAAACGAAAUGUUUCCAUUCGAAUCGUUUCUAUGACGAUGGUGAACAAUGGAAUAGUUUAACUGAAACUUGUACUGUAUGUGCAUGUAAUAACAAACGCGUAAAGUGCGAUCCUAUUAAAUGUCCACCAGUUAAAUGUAGAAAAGAUGAACAAUUACAAAAGAAAGGUGAUUGUUGUCCCGUGUGUGUUGGAAAGAAUUCCGAUGACUCAAAGAACAACACACCACAAAGAGGAUGCAAACUUGGUGAACAAUUCUACAAAGCAGGAUCUUCAUGGCAUCCAUAUUUGCCACCGAAUGGAUUUGACACAUGUGCUGUUUGUACUUGCGAUAUUUACACUCUACAAGUUUCAUGUCCACGCACUCAAUGUCCGCCACUUAAUUGCAGUAAAAAAGUUGCAUAUCGUCCAGAUAAGAAAGCUUGUUGCAAGAGAUGUCCCGAUCCUAAAGUUAUUAAGGAAACAAACAAAGAUAUCAAUACAGAAGAAAUGAAAGAUCAAGGAAGUAAAUAUGAUACAUUAAAUUCACCAACGGUGAUUAUGAGCAGUGGUGGAUGUAAAUCACCGAUGGGUUAUCAUUCUAACGGACAAGAAUGGCAUCCAGUUAUUGCACCGCACGGCGAACAAAAAUGCAUAAAAUGCAAAUGCAAGGACGGCAAUAUUAAUUGCGAAAAGAAGCGUUGUCCACGUUCUGUUUGUCAUCAACAUAAAAAUGGCAACAAGAAACAAUCACAUGAUGAUGAACAAUGUUGUCAAUGUAGAACGCGUCGUCAUCAAGGCGGGCAGCGUCGGAAACUUAAACAACAACAGCAUCAUGAGAAACAUCAACAAAACUCGUCUAAAAGUUGAGAUUUUUCGUUAGAAUAAGAAGUUUGAUUUAUCAUCAGCAUCUGACUAUAAAACUUCGAAGGAAAAAAGCUUAUAAGAAGUUUAUUUUUUAUUUAAAAUCCUUUUAAAUAGUCGUGCUGAAAACAUUUCUUUUGUAACAAAAGGAAUCACUUAAAACUUUGUUAAACCUAAAAAAUCUUAUUUAAGACACCUAACAAUUAAAUAUUCGCAGUGCUAUCAAAGAAAAAAAAAGCUUCAGAAUUGCAAAUGUCGUCUCUCAAUUUUUAUUAAUUUUAUCACAUGAAAAAUGGAACAAAAGCAAAUACAACAUAGUCACAUUUUUCAUGUAUAUCUUACGCAAGAACAUUCUAAGAAACCAAAAAUUAAGCGAAAACAGAUAAAACUUUUCAUCGAACAACUUCUUGAGAAAUUUUUUAUCUGUUUUCAUGUUUUUUUUCUUUUUUUUCUUCAAAUUGAUCACAUUUCCUUGAUCGAAUAAAAUGAAAAACUUUUCAAGCAGAAAAAGAAGAAAAGAAAGAGGGAGAGAAAGAUCAAAUAUUUAAAUCACAAAUAUGUAUGUAAAUUAAAUUACACGAAUAUUUUCAAUCAAAAAAAAAAACAUUUCAUAGUCACUACUAACUUUCACAUAGUACAAAGCGUAAUAAAGCUCAUUGUUACGCUUAUCGUUUUAUUAUUAAAUUAAUGACCUAUGAGGAGUAGGAAGAUGCGAAAUGCAUGUGAAGAUGUUUAAUUAUUAUCGCAUGUAAUGCUUAAAACAAUCAAUUAUCCAGAAUAAAAAAAGAUCAAAUUCAAUUAACAUCGCACGCCAAGCAACAUAAAUAAAUGGAGAUCGUGAAUCGUCGUACUUCUUCGAUUCGCUACACUCUUUUUUUUAACUUCUCUAAAUAUCAAUUUUAUUUGUUUGCAUAUUUGGUUCAACAGACAAUGGAACGUUGCCCACACGAGAAAGUUGAAGAACAAAAAAAACUAUCGAAUUUAAUUAAAAAAAAAGAGAAAAAAAAGAAAUGCUUUUUGUUACCAUGUACCAAAGACUGACUGUAGGCAAAAAAUUUGUAAAGACGAAAUGGUUGAUAUUGAAUUUGAUGACUUAAAUGACGAUUGUCUAUGUUUCAAUGUAACUAAUGGAUUUAAAGAGGAGUUAAGGCAUGUAUUGUUUCAUUCCUUUUGCGAAGAAUCUAUCAAGAAAUGCUUAUGUUGAACAUCUCGAACAAAUAUAAAUUGGCAACACUUCAUAAUAUACAUGAACUAAAAACUUUAUUGUUUAAAAGAAGAGAAAUGAUAUAUUUUAUACAUAUUCAUGUAACAAUAAAAAUGUAAAGAACAAAAAAUGUAAGCCAUCACAAAACUGUUUGUAACAAGACCUAUGUAUUUAUGAAAUUAUAAACAAGAUAUAAACAUAUUUUUUCUGAAGAGAAAACGGAAAUCUUUUUGUUGCUUCAUUUUGUAUACCUUCAAUUGAUUUAUUAUAAAUGAUUAAUUUCUCUUGACGCCUCUCAUGAACGAAGUUUGAAUGCAAAUCACUAGAUCAUGCAACUCAUUUCUUUCUUCUCUUCUUUUAUGUUACUUACGAGGUAUAUUUUAUUCACAUACAUGCGCAUGUUAUGCGUCGUUAAUACAACCACGAUCAUUUGAUCCAAAAUGUAUCACGAUAUCCAAGACGAUAUCGAAAAACGACUGACCUUGAAAUUAAAUGUUCAAAUUCAAAUUUUCAAUGCGAAAACGAAAAAAAAACUAUCUACAACUUAUGAAUUUAAACAGAAUUCGCGUUAAAGUAUUUAUUUGCUUAUUAAACUACCUAUUUAAAAUGCUUUUUAGAAUUCGAAAGAAC